CGAACGGUUUAAUUAACUUUGCAUCUACACGUUCCUCCUCAACAGCAUCAUGUAUCACAGUCCGCAACGUUUGUAUCGGCAUCCUAAAUGGAUAGAAACGACCCCGGUGUGCGGCGUACCGGUGUGUUGCUGAGUGUUUCCUCGCGUCUGCGGUGGCGUCCGGUGUCCGUGUGGAAGAAAAUGAAAAGUGCCUUCGCCCCGUGCCACACCGGGGGCGAUAAAUGGAGCCGCGCAGUGAACCGACCCGUACCCGCCGGGUGCCGGCCGGUGGUUCGCCCGUGAAGGCGAAGAAAAAGUCUACCAAGCACACGGUCAAGUUUAAAGACCAGAGUGACGUGCGGGAGGACGUGCUGGUGGUAACAGUUGAACCUCCCUCCCCGUCUCCCGGUUCGCCCGAACCAUCACCCCCACCGGUAAAGACUGCCGUAACCUUUGCGCUUCCGCCGCUUACACCCCACCGACCGAAAUCCAGCACCGUCGUGAGCGGCGUUGAACGGUCCAGUGCCGAGUCUACGGUGCGCUCGCUGCCGGCAACGAAGGACACGGUGAAGAAGGCAAAGGCGACCGGCGACCAGCAACGUUUAUCCGAAGGAUGUACCUCGCUAAUGUACGCCUGCCAGCAGGGUUUUACCGGUGAUAUAUUGAAGGAGCUGCGACAAAAGCCCAGCGCCGUACAUCGACGGGAUCGGAGCAACAAAAGUGCCUUACAUUAUUGUAGCAGUGCGCAGGAUAUUGCUGCGGCUGCCAGCGUCGCCAUGGUAGCGCCCGAGCUGAUUGAGUCCGCAGAUGAGGAUGGAUUUACGCCGCUGCAUCUCGCGGUGAUACAGGGAAAUCUGCAACUGGUCAAUCUACUGCUAGCGAAUGGAGCGGACGUGAAUGCGCUCGACAACGAGGGACACUCGGUCGUACACUGGGCCACCGUGUGCGGUGAAGUCGAGGCACUGCGUGCAGUAUUAGCGGCCGGUGCGGAUGUGUCCACGCCGGACAUAAACGGUGGCAGUCCGCUACAUUAUGCGGCCCAGAUGUGUGGCGCCAACUACGACGGGAAAUCGGCCCGUGCAUCGGCAAAGUUAGCGCUCGAGAUACUCAACACGCUGCUAAACCAUCCUGAUACUUCGGUCGAAGUAGAGGAUAAGGAUGGCCGACAACCGUUGCUGUGGGCCGCAUCCGCCGGUUCGGCCAAGGCUGUGCUGGCUUUGAUCAAAGCCGGUGCUCACGUCGAGAGUGCCGAUAAGGAUGGAUUGACCGCGCUACAUUGCGCAGCGUCGCGAGGACACACCGAGUGUAUCGAUACGCUAAUUAACCUUUGCGGAGCGCACACCGAUCAGAUCGAUUCGAACGGUUGUACCGCGUUGCAUUAUGCGGUUACGCUCGGGCAUGCCGAUGCUACCUCGCUGCUGCUAAAGCUCGAUGCCGACCCGAACCGACAGGACCGGAAGGGUCGAACACCGGCACACUGUGGCUGUGCGAAGGGACAGAUGGAAACGGUGAAGAUACUGCACACGAAAAAGGGUAACCUGUGGCUGAGAAACGCAAAGGGCGAUCUGCCGGUACACGAUGCGGCAUCAUCCGGACGGCGCCAGCUCGUCCAGUGGUUGAUCCAGAUGAAGCCGAAGCACAUUAACACGACCAGCAACGAUGGGCGGACUCUGUUGCAUAUUGCUGCCGGCCACGAUAAUGUGGACAUGUGUAAGCUGCUGCUGGAGCUUGGGGCUGAUAUUAAUUUGCUGUACCGACCGUCCUCGAAAGGUGCACCGCUGACGCCGCUGGAUUAUGCGCUGGUUAAGGGUUACCGGUCGACGGCCAAGUAUCUGCAGAUGCAGGGUGGACUGCCGGCCAACAAGUUGCGACUCUCCGGCAGACAGCAAAAGAUCCUCCCGGAUAUUGAUCGAGUGGAGCCGCUCAAGCUUACCGAAAAGGAGGAGCUUAUUGAUCUGAAAACAUCGAAGCGCUACAUCGUCUAUCUUAACUCAAACUCCGAGAGUGAAUCGCAGGAGGAUCGAACGCACCGCAAGAGUCGCCACAAACGAAAAGGAAAUCAUCGUGGUCGUCGCACCAGCAGCUGCAGUGACACGGUGUAUCUGUACCGGGAUGGAUCGAACGAUAUAAGUCGCUCUCGCAGUAAUGCAGAACUGCAUCGUAGUGAUCAGCAGCGAACGUCUAAGCAUCGUCGAAGUAGCAGCUCAUCGUCCGCCAGUACUACCGGCUCCUCUUCCGACAGCUGCUGCAAACAUGUACGACGAAAGCACAAAUGCUACAAAAAGUGCUCUUCCAAACGAUCACACUCGCGCGACCGUCACAAGGAACGGGACCGUGAAGAAGCGCGCGAUCCGAAACAACCGGACACGAUGAAAGAGUAUGAGUUUAAGUACGCCGAAAAGAAGGACGCUGGCCCACGGAAGGCUGGCGAACGGUGCGGCAAAAUAAUCCUAAAACAGGUACACAGUGGCUCUUCCGAGAACGAUUCGCCCUCGAACGUGGGUGGCCGUGGGGGAGGUCUAAAGUUCUCCUCCGAGCGUACCGCGCGUGAAACGCAUCUAGGCCUGCCGGCAGCGAUGCAGUACGGUGGUGCGGGCGGUUUCGAUGCUUCCGGUAGUUUGGGUGAUUUUUUAGAGGAACAGACGUCUCCGCGGACGCCACCCCGGGCGGAGUUUAACAUUCGCAAGGAGUCGGACGUGAAGAGCGAGGGUAAAUCGUCCGAUUCCAGCACGACGAAGAAGAAGAAGGUGAAAGGAACGGGUAAAAAGACAAAACUGGCCAAGUCGGCAAAAAAGUCGGACUCGCCAAGCGAGGAAGAGCUGACGAAACACGCCAGCUCGACGGAGAUUGUGACGGAAGCGCAAGUACACCAGCAGCCACCCGAAUCAAUGUCAAAAUCGACCGAAGACGAUGGUGCAGCAACGGAUGCGACCUACACGAUCGAGCAGAGGACACGGUCCGACGUGGAGGGUCUCAGCGAGACGGAGGACCGCAUUACGAAAGCGCUGCCCCGGGUGACGAGCAAACCGGUGACGGAAACUAUCGAAGAGGUCCGGGACGAGCAUACGGUGGAGCUAGUGCAGCAGCAGACAACCGCCACGAGAGUGGAGGUACGAAAGGAUCGGUCUAAAUUAAAAUCUGCCAAGAGUGAUAGCAAAAGUCGCUCAAAGUCCGAAUCAACCGAUAAAGAAAUGGGAAAAGUGCAGCAGAAACCGGCAGCACCAGUCCCUUUAGAGGAACCGGCCGCCUCACCGGCGCCUCCUCCUCCGUCGCCCCCUUUAGCGAGAGAGAAAACACCGGAACCGGUUGCAGUACCAAUGGAGCCACCCGAACCCGUACCUCCACAACCGGAACCACUGCCACACCGAGAACCACUGCCAGAAGUCACGGAAGACAGAAAGCAACCGUCGGUUGAAGCACAAACUCAGCCCCAAGAAUUGGAAGUAGACCAUGGCGGAGGUAUGGGUGACGAUGAGUCGCUAAUAGCAGAGGAAUCUUUACCACCUCUAAUAGAACCGGAAGAGUCUGUUGUUCUCCCGGUGCCGCAGAUGGAAGCAAAAUCAGACGUUCCGGCUCCGGUGGUUGACGAAGAGAAAACUACGCCCGAAGAAUCGACCGAAAGCUCACCUUCAAAAUCUAGCGAAGAGACAGAACCGCCAUCCGUUGUUGAGGAAGCAGCAACCAAACAGCCGGCUCCAACACAACCACCAGAAGAACCAUCGAAAGUGGUGGAAGAAGUGCCGGCGGUAGUGGAAAAAGCGAAACCACCAGAACCUCCCAAAGAGCGACCGAAGCUGCGCCGUUCGAUGGAAUCGAAAAUGGAAAGCGUCGAGGAGGAUACGAAACCGAUACCGCCAGCACCGUCCGAUCCGGUAAAGGAUGAAAAGGAUGCGGCUGCAUCGCAGCAGCUAGACCAGGAGAAGGUCGAUCAGACGAGAGGCUUUUUCGUCAGUCUCGAUGGUACCGAGGCUGACGACGAGAAGAAGAAGAAGAAAAUCAAAAAGAAACCUCGCCUGAAGGAAGACGAGCAGCAGGAGCAGCAAAGCAGCAAGGAUCAGGAUUCGGGGUUCGAACCGAGCCCGCAAGCGAUACGUAGCAAGUCGACCAUCUUCGAACGUCCGACGCACACCGCCACACUACCGCGAAGGUCGGCUUUCACGAUGGUGGAAGAGCGGGCAGUCAGUUCGCGGCCCGAGGGUCGUAAACCGGGCGACAAGAAUGCCGUCAACAUGACGACCGUUCAGCAGUCGAUUCAUCGCAAUAUUCGAAGAUAUUAUAUGGAAAGAAAAAUUUUCCAACACUUGUUAGAACUGAAAAGUUUGCAAAUACGGUCGACGAAAGUGAACGAGUCGGUGCUGGUGAAGCGGGCCGUCGACGAUUACCACAAAUCCACGAUCGAGCUCGGGUACGAGACGGGCAGCACGCUCAAGCGCUACCCGUACACGGAGUACUCGUUCCGGAACUUUGAGCUCUUCCUGUACGACACGCUCAAGAGCCUGCAGAAGAAGGAGACGUACAACUUCCAGAACAUCUCGGAGGUGUACGAUGAGGCCGAACGAAGGCUCAGUCCAGAUGUGAGCCGUUACGAGCGUGCCCUAAACUGCACGACCAAAACACACCGAUGUCUUCAUGCGACCCACGCCUACACGGGAAUCCCAUGCGCUGCGUACAUACCGAUGAUGAACCAUCACACGAUACCGAAGCUCGGGUUCGGACCGUACAAAUCGAGCACGUCCGGGGUGGGCAGCUUUUUCUUGCCGAAAAUUCUAACACACCCGACGGACCGCAGCUGUGCUGGGGGGAAGGUGGCGCUGGAGCUGACGCACGGUAACAGCAAGCAGGUCAUUACACUGCCAUCGGAGAAGCUCGAUAGCAAUAAGCGAUACUAUGUUACGUUCACGCUAAAUCCGGACUCCACCACUGAUGGUGAUCCUCGUUUAUCCACAGGCGAACCCGCUGGACAGCAACAGCAGCAACAGCCCCACGAGCAACCAACACCACCAUCAGCUGCUGAUGCCCAAGAUAACGUUCAGCCACAACGCAGACAGCAGCAACAGCACCACCAACGGUCACCGUCUGUUGGGCCACAGUCGCAGUCCCGUUCCCUUCCCACAGUAGAGGAGCAGCGGUCCGAGACCAGUCCCGGGGGAACACCUGCAUAGCAACGA